GACAUCUCAAGGAGACAUAGUUGUACCAGCAGUCGGACUCUGACAUCGCAGAGGGCCGCCGAUAUUUGCUCGCGUUAAGGAGAACCUUGUUCUCCUUAACGUGCGUGAAUCAAUCGAGGUAUGGAGCCUUCCGCGAAGUUGACUACAUAAAUUCAGUGUGGAGGGUUUCUACAUCCAAGUGCAAGACCAGAAGAUUUCCCAGUCGAUUAGACUGCAGUGAGCAUCAUCUUGGAUCACGUGUUUGUAGCAAUGAGGAAAGCGCUGACUAGGUCCAUUGGUGUAUACCAUGGGCGAAAGGAGGGUGCUCUCCGGCUUUAUGAUCGCAAGACAGCGGAUCUGAUUCUCGCUGCAGUCCUGCGAGGUGAGGCAUCCGUGAGUUCCACUGAGUUAUCUGGUCGUCCAGUGUUUGACCUCAAGAAUAUGAAGCAACGAAGUUUGAAUUCGAAAGAAGAAGAAGACAUAGUGAUUGAAAUUUCGUGGAGUCCCGAAAGCCUCAAACUUGCGGAAGCUUUCAGCGAGAAUCCUUCUACACGUAGGAAGAUUCUGGAGAUGGCCAUACUCCGGAUCACCGAGGAGAAGUCGCUAAGCAAACUUUUAGACGUCGACAUGCCGUCGUGCAUUAUACGCCGGAACCCAUACUUAGGCCGAGGGCAUGUGCCUUUUGACAAUUUUGUUUCUUCUCUCGAGAACGACACCGGAGCCCACUUGCUUUUAGAUGCAGUUCUACAGUUAGCGAGCAACCCUUCGUUCAGCGCCAUAUGUACGCUUAAAACAAGGGGUCUUUAUAUACUCUAUCAUGGCACAAAACACAGCGUCAUGGACAACAUAUUUAAAACCGGACUGCUUCCAAGUUUUCGUCAGGCGGGGUUGAUGGAAGAUUGGUUUGGCGUACAUUAUACUACGAGUCUUCAUUACACCCAUACAAAAAACAACAUCAGGAGGAUGCCGGCACAUGUUUGUAGAGGGUGUAAGCUUCUCCUAUUUAUGGUCUUGCUGCCUCGCACAGAUGCCUCGCCACACCAAGCCCUUGGUGUGGCGACGAGCUCUGUCAGUGGAAAUCAACUUCCUAUAGCCGAACUUACCCUGAUCUGAGUGGGUCUAGCAAAAGACAGGUUUGACAUGGCAAUUUGGUGCGGUCAGCUGUGGUGAAUUGGGAGUGAAAGCGUUGGAUAGAAUGGCCGUCGACAAGACAAAGUGCUCAUCGAUCAUUUUGAUUCAAAUCUUAUGAUUCUUUGCACGCAAAUUUCAUUUCGAAAGCGAGAGAUUUUGUGACUUUUAAUCUUCAGGGCGGCAACGGAAGCUCGACCAGAGCAAGGGGGACAUAGGCCUUAUCCAAAGAUCUUGGAAGAAUAUCGGGUCGCUUGACGCGAGAUUCCACAGUCUUAAUUUUCUCUUCAACCUCUAUCGUGCCUGCAAUCCUGGAUGAAGAAACACAUCCAUCCAGCUGAGUGGCGUUCUUCUCCGUUGAGGAAAGUUCCUUUCGAUUUCAGCCACCUUCGCUCACCAGAGGCAGGAAAGAAUCAGGAGAUAAUGUUAAUGGUGCUUUGACGCAUGUCGAUGACGAUCGUUGUUCUCAGUCACCGAGACUACGUCAUUCUGGUCCGCCCCAGUCAUCGUGGAACGGAAACUGACUACACUUUUCUGCGGCUGAUUGGCAACGAGCGAACGUGUUUUCCUGUGACGUGAGCCACCGAUCCGUCUUCUUACGACUGACUACGAGGGAAAGAGAUUGAAAGGCGGCGGCACCUUAGGAUCAGGGUGCAAGUGCAAGUGAGGGUUUCUAAGGCAUCGCUCAAACGAUGAGAGCAUACUGAGCAAAGGUGUAGAUGGUGAUGUGUUGUCAUUAGCAUGUGACGGUCUUAACUGCAGGAGUAGACGGGGACUAAAUAUAUCUCUGAUAUUAAUAUACGUUUCCGGGUCCGACGAUCGCCUUGUUUAGCCGAAAAUAUUUUUAAUCGAUUGGAUUGCAUUUCA